AAUUACUACAAGUCGUCAGCUCCUUCAAAGAACUACUACAAGUCGCCAUCACCAGCAAAGUACUACAAAUCGCCUACUCCCUCUAAAUAUUAUAAGUCACCGCCGCCACCAAAAUAUUACAAGUCCCCAGUUUACUACAAAUCUCCACCACCACCAACUUAUUAUGAGAAAUCACCUUCGUAUUACAAGUCACCUCUACCUCCUCCAACAUACUAUGAGCAAUCACCUAAGUCACCUCCACCCCCACCAAAAUACUACGAACAAUCACAAUCUUCUUACAAAUCUCCUCCACCUCCACCAAAAUACUAUGAGCAACUAUCGUCAUACAACUCUCCACCACCACCACUAAAAUACUAUGAGCAAUCACCAAUCAAUUAUAAGUCUCCACCUCCACCGUACUACAAAGAAUCUACACCUUCCUACAAAUCUCCUCCACCUCCACCAAAAUACUACAAGCAAUCACCUAUAACUUACAACUUACCAUCUCUGCCAAAGACUUAUGAAAAAUUGCCAUCAUACUUCUCACCUCCACCACCAACGAAGUACUAUAAGCAAACUCCCGUCUAUGCCUCACCUCCGNAUGAAAAAUCGCCAUCAUACUUCUCACCUCCACCACCAACGAACUACUAUAAGCAAACUCCCGUCUAUGCCUCACCUCCACCACCUGCAAAAUACGAGCAUGCCACCUAUGUUUCACCUCCCCCAGCAACCUACUACUAA